AUGGGUUUGGAACAAAAUUACAACACCUAUCAGUCUUCCCCUAACCCAACAUUGCAAAACAUAAAUCUUAAAGUUUUUCAUGGGAUGAGGGUUGCAGUUUGUGGUACUGUUGGAUCAGGCAAAUCUACUUUACUUUCUUGUGUAUUGGGAGAAGUACCUAAGAUAUCAGGCCUCCUUAAGCUUUGUGGAACGAAGGCCUAUGUUACUCAAUCUCCAUGGAUACAGAGUGGUAAGAUAGAGGAGAAUAUAUUGUUUGGAAAACAAAUGGAUAGGGAAAAGUAUGAGAAGGUACUUGAGGCCUGUUCCCUGAAGAAAGAUCUUGAGAUUCUGUCGUUUGGUGAUCAGACAAUUAUAGGAGAGCGUGGAAUAAAUUUGAGUGGUGGACAAAAACAAAGAAUACAGAUUGCACGUGCACUUUACCAAGAUGCUGAUAUAUAUCUAUUUGAUGAUCCUUUUAGUGCUGUGGAUGCUCACACAGGCUCUCACCUUUUUAAGGAAUGUUUGCUGGGCCUUUUAAGUUCAAAGACAGUAGUUUAUGUCACUCAUCAAGUAGAGUUCUUACCUGCUGCUGAUCUUAUAUUGGUCAUGAAAGAUGGGAAAAUUACUCAAAGUGGAAAGUAUGCUGAUCUGCUUGAGAGUGGAGCUGAUUUUAUGGAACUUGUUGGGGCACACAAAAAAGCUUUGUCGACACUGGAUUCAUUAGAUGGAUCAACAAUGUCUAAUGAAAUAAGCACCUUAGAACAUGAUGUAAAUGUCUCUGGCCCGCAAGGUUUUAAAGAGGAGGAGGCAAUUGAAGAUGAACAAAAUGGUAAAACAGACAACAAAAGUGAACGCAACGGCCAACUUGUUCAGGAAGAAGAAAGGGAGAAAGGUAGAGUUGGGUUUUCAGUGUAUUGGAAAUGUAUCACAACAGCAUAUGGAGGAGCUCUUGUACCAUUCAUAUUGUUGGCUCAGAUUCUUUUUCAAGCUCUUCAAAUCGGAAGUAAUUAUUGGAUGGCUUGGGCGACUCCUAUCUCAACUGAUGUGGAACCACCUGUUAAUGGAACAACUCUUAUUGUAGUUUAUGUUAGUUUGGCCAUUGGAAGUUCUUUAUGCAUCCUUGUCAGAGCAAUGCUUCUUGUCACAGCUGGUUACAAGACAGCUACUGUACUCUUCAAUAAAAUGCACUUUUGUAUUUUUCGUGCUCCAAUGUCAUUUUUCGAUUCCACUCCAUGUGGGCGAAUCCUAAACAGAGCUUCAACAGAUCAAAGUGAAUUGGAUACAGACAUUCGUUAUCAAAUCGCAUCAUUUGCCUUCGUUACGAUCCAACUUCUAGGAAUUAUACAAUUUUAUACUGCAUCAGCUCGAGAACUAUCACGUUUAGUUGGAGUCUGCAAAGCCCCAAUCAUCCAACACUUUUCUGAAACUAUUUCUGGUACCUCAACCAUUAGAAGCUUUGAUCAGCAAACAAGAUUUCAGGAAACAAAUAUGAAACUUACUGACGCAUAUUCUCGGCCAAAAUUCAAUAUUGCUGGUGCCAUGGAAUGGUUGUGCUUCCGGUUAGAUAUGUUGUCUUCUAUCAUAUUUGCCUUUUCCUUAAUAUUCUUAAUAUCUAUUCCACCGGGAUUCAUAGAUCCAGACCUUGCUGGUUUGGCGGUUACAUAUGGACUAAAUUUGAAUACAGUACAAGCUUGGAUGAUAUGGAAUCUCUGCAAUAUGGAGAACAAAAUUAUCUCAGUAGAAAGAAUACUUCAGUAUACUUGUAUUCCUAGUGAGCCUCCCCUUGUUGUAGAUGAAAACCGGCCAGAUCCUUCUUGGCCCUCAAUUGCCGAGGUUGAUAUACAAGAUUUGCAGGUUCGUUAUGCUCCACAUCUUCCACUUGUGUUGCGUGGUCUUACAUGCAAACUUCACGGAGGACUGAAAACUGGCAUUGUUGGGAGAACAGGAAGUGGUAAAUCCACUCUCAUUCAAACGCUUUUCCGAAUUGUUGAGCCUGCUGUCGGGAAAGUUAUGAUUGACAACAUCAACAUCUCUUCAAUUGGACUUCAUGAUUUAAGGUCUACACUAAGCAUUAUUCCUCAGGAUCCAACGAUGUUUGAAGGGACAAUAAGAAGUAAUCUGGACCCACUGGAGGAAUACACUGAUGAACAAAUUUGGGAGGCCUUGGAUAAGUGUCAACUUGGAGACGAAGUUAGAAAGAAAGAAGGAAAGCUUGACUCCAGAGUUAGUGAGAAUGGUGAGAAUUGGAGUAUGGGUCAGAGACAGUUGGUUUGCCUUGGCAGGGUGCUGCUUAAGAAAAGCAAGUUAUUGGUUCUGGAUGAAGCCACUGCAUCAGUGGAUACAGCUACGGAUAAUUUGAUUCAGCAAACUGUUAGGCAGCAUUUCUCUGAUUCCACAGUUAUUACCAUUGCACAUCGACUUAUUGAGGAGUAUGACACCCCAACAAGGUUGCUAGAGAAUAAGUCAUCAUCUUUCGCUCAACUUGUUACUGAGUAUACCCUGAGGACCAACUCCAGUUUUGAGAAAUCUAAUGAUCACUGA